UAGCUUGGCGCGGGACCACGGAGAAAAGUCUCUCAGAAAGUUGCCGAGGGCUGUUGCCCUCUGCUGAGUGUUGUGUGACGGAACUUUUCCUGGGGAGACACUACACAGAUCUACUCACCGCAGAUAGGGCUCCCACAGACAGAUCGAAGUACAGACAGCUCCAGAGUUCAACUUGGUGAACAAAUGAGUUUUAUUUUUACAUUCCAGCUCAGUUACUCAUGGCUUCCCCUACAAUUGCUUCCCUUUCUUGGGGACAAAUGAAAGUGCAAGGCUCUACCUUAACCUAUAAAGAUUGCAAAGUAUGGCCAGGAGGCAGUCGGGCUUGGGAUUGGAGAGAAACAGGAACUGAGCAUUCCCCUGGGGUGCAACCUGCAGAUGUGAAGGAAGUCGCUGAGAAGGGUGUGCAGACUCUGGUGAUCGGUAGAGGAAUGAGUGAGGCUUUGAAGGUGCCUCCAUCCACUGUGGAGUACCUCCAGAAACAAGGCAUCAAUGUGCGGGUUCUCCAGACAGAGCAGGCAGUGAAGGAGUAUAAUGCCUUGGUUGCCCAAGGAGUAAGAGUAGGAGGCGUCUUCCAUUCUACCUGCUGAUGGAGCCCACAGAGGAGAAUAAAUCACUAAGCAACA